AUGCCCCCAAACACAAGCAUGCUCCGGAUUUCGGGUGCUACACGCGCGCCCUCGCCCUCGACAUCAAGAACGCUGGAUGCGACGACUUUCCUGAACAACAUUUUUCGGCAUCUCAACCGCGGCCAAACCCCGAUGGACCAACUUGUCACCGUGGUCCAGGGGGAAGCCAGAGGCUUCUUCGGCAAUGACAAGACGCUCAGGAUCGCAGAACGCAAGUUUGACUACCAAACUGAAAGAAGACAGGAGUACACGUUCUUCUUGGUGGGCACGCCUGGGUACGGCGACCACGUGAACACCAGCCAAAGCUUCCAACCGGCGGUGGACUACAUCACAAACGGGAACAAGAGGUACCUGGCGGGAAUCAAGAAGGGCAAUGUCACACCGGAGAAGGACGGCAGGACGGACGUCUGUAUAUACUUCGUUGCGGCUCAUCGGUGCAAGUCCAUUGACAUCGAGUACAUGAAGCAGCUCUCCAAGGCUGUGGCAAUAAUUCCAGUGAUCGGUAAAUCCGACAGCAUGACGGUGGACGAGAUGAAAUACUUCAAGACGGCCAUCGUCGACCUUGCUGCUCAAGACAAUGGGUUCGAGUUUACUGAUACACCCAACUGGCUGGGAGAGAGGCAGCCGCCCCCUUUCGCCGUGAUCUCGAGCCGGGUGGACGACCCCCACGGGAGCACCAUUCGUAACCCUGCACGUAGAUACCCGUGAGGCACCUGCCACGUCAUGGACACGGCGCGCAGCGACAAUUCCUACCUCCAAUGCCUUCUGCUGGAGGUUGGUUUCCAGGACAUUAAGGACGCGAUGAGGGAGCGCCACAGAGCUUUCGUCAUGGAGCAGGGAACGCCGAUAAUUGAGAGGGCCGGCGACUUUGCCAAGGGCCUUCCUCGCCGGGCCUCGAACGGCGCUGUCGAUGUUGCUCGCAAGGCUCAGGGCCGCCACAUGUCCGUCCUGGCAAGCGCGAUGGCGACCUUUUCACCCUGCUCGCGGUGCUGGUACGCCUUCGUUGUGACGCGCGACUCUGUGGUGCAUGUUUCACGUGUUGUGCCGAAUGCCUAUCCGAUUGUGGAUUAUUAA